UGAGGUUCGAAUUUAGACAGCUUUCUUUCUUCUGUUAGCUUGCUCGAUCAUAUUCUGUGUGCUAAGAAGAAUAAUUUGCAACCAUGCCAAAGAACAAGGGAAAGGGAGGUAAGAAUAGGAAGAGAGGUAAGAAUGAGGCAGAUGAUGAGAAGCGUGAGCUUGUGUUUAAGGAAGAUGGGCAAGAAUAUGCUCAAGUGCUCCGAAUGCUAGGUAAUGGUCGGUGUGAAGCGAUGUGUAUCGAUGGGACUAAACGUCUUUGUCAUAUUCGGGGGAAAAUGCACAAGAAAGUUUGGAUUGCAGCUGGGGAUAUCAUACUCGUUGGUCUUCGUGACUAUCAAGAUGACAAAGCUGACGUGAUUCUCAAAUACAUGCCUGAUGAAGCUAGGCUUUUGAAAGCUUACGGUGAGCUACCUGAGAAUACACGUCUUAACGAGGGUAUUGUUGGGGGUAUGGAUGAUGACGAUGAAGGUGGUGGUGAUGCUUAUAUUGAGUUUGAGGACGAAGAUAUUGAUAGGAUCUAGAUGCUAGUCCUCUGUUUCGAAUAAUAUCUUAGUAAAGAAUAACUAUACUAUAGUGGGGUGAAGUUGUAUUAUCGAAUUCCAUUUCAUAGUAGUCCGAGAAUGGAGAUGGAAUCGGUUAUAACCCAUGAAACGUCUGGUCUUUUGUACUAUAUGAUUGCAUAUGCCCCUUCUGGGUCAAUAAAUACCUCUAUUCUAUCAUAUGCAUAUUUAAAGAGAAGCCAGCUCUUUAUGACUA